GCUGGACAGCGGGGCAUCGGGUCACCAGGCAUCAGGUCAUUUGGCUCGACAGCGGGCACCGCGUCAUCUGGCAAGGCAGUGGGCUCCGAGUCAACAGGCACGACAGUGGGCACCGGGUCAUCAGGUACCGGAUUGUCUGGCUCGACAGCAGGCAUCGGGUCACCAGGUAUGACAGCGGGCACUGGGUCACCAGGCAUCAGGUCAUUUGGCUUGCCAGCGGGCACCGCGUCAUCUGGCAAGGCAGUGGGCGCCGGGUCACCAGGCAUUGGAUCGUCUGGCUCGACAGCGGGCAUCGGGUCACCAGGCAUCAGGUCAUUUGGCUCGCCAGCGGGCACCGCGUCAUCUGGCAAGGCAGUGGGCACCGAGUCACCAGGUACGACAGCGGGCUCUGAGUCAAUUGGCACGACAGCGGGCACCGGAUCAGGUACCGGAUCAUCUGGAUCAACAGCGGGCAUCGAGUCAACUGGC